UGUCCACUCAGGAGGAAGGUUCCCAAACACACUAUGGUUGUGACCACACCUUCUAACAGGACACUCCUUAGCUGCCCAUCCCUGCCUUUUAUAACGGACUCAAUGAAUUGGCACACUUAUCUUUUGGAGGCAGAGAUGUGUAGGGGUGGAGGUCCUAAAGGAGGGGGUAGUCCGCUAAGAAAGACUACUGUUUAGUAUCUGGAGGUUAUAUGACCUCAGCACAGCUCCUUACCAGGACACAGCAGGCAGUCCCAGACACUCAGCCCACACAAUAGCCUCCACAGAGCUCAGUACGAACACACAGGAUCAUGGAGGAAGGACCUUACAAGUACAUCAGGGAUGGGAACGACAAGGCCAGUCGGGUCAUCCGGAUUGGGACACGCAAGAGCCAGCUGGCUCGCAUCCAGACCGAUAGCGUUGCCGACAAGUUGAAAGAACUCUACCCUGACAUCCACUUGGAAAUAGUUGCCAUGUCAACGACGGGAGACAAAAUCCUGGACACAGCUUUAUCAAAGAUUGGCGAGAAGAGUUUGUUCACCAAGGAGCUGGAGAACGCUCUGGAGAGAAAUGAGGUCGAUCUGGUCGUUCAUUCACUCAAAGAUCUUCCCACCACUCUGCCUCCAGGAUUCACCAUCGGAGCUGUUCUGAAGAGAGAAAACCCCCACGAUGCAGUGGUUCUACAUCCGCAGAACGUUGGGAAAACUCUGGACUCUCUUCCAGAAAACAGUGUGAUCGGCACCAGUUCACUGCGCCGUGCUGCUCAGCUGAAGAAGAGAUUCCCCCACCUGAAGUUCAACGACAUCCGAGGGAACCUGAACACACGGCUGAAGAAGCUGGAUGAGAAGGAUGACUUUGCUGCCAUCAUCCUAGCUGCUGCCGGCCUCAGGAGGAUGGGCUGGGAGAACCGGAUCAGCCAGAUCCUGGGGCCUGAAGACUGUAUGUACGCUGUGGGACAGGGGGCUCUGGCUGUGGAGGUUCGAGCCAGAGAUGUAGACAUCCUGGAGAUGGUGUCAGUCCUCCAUGACCCUGACACUGUGCUGCGCUGCAUCGCUGAGAGAGCCUUCCUCAGACACCUGGAGGGUGGCUGUAGCGUUCCGGUGGCGGUGCACACGCAGGUGAAAGACUCCCAGCUCUACCUGACAGGGGCGGUGUACAGUCUGGACGGAUCAGACAGUCUGAAGGAGACGAUGCAGACGAGCAUCACAGCUAAUGACAAGAGUUCAGAAGAGGUGGACGAACGAGUCCAGCGAGUGGGAGUCACAGCCACCAAGGUCCCGGGUGAAGCCCAGGACAGGGCUGAGAAGCUGGGGAUCGACUUGGCAAACUUACUGCUCAGCAAAGGAGCCAAGGAGAUCCUGACUGUCGCCAGGCAGCUCAACGAUGCCAGAUAGGGCUGUGCAGCUGAAGGACGGGGUCCAGAGUGAGCAGUCAGUCACAACCUUGUGUCAAGUAAACACUGAAGUCCUUCUUUGAGGUUUGCGUUUGAUGUUUGUUUGAGAAAAAGAUUGCUAACUUUCUGUUGCACCAGGUGAGAAUCUCAAUCACUGCUUGGACCAAAGUUGUGCUCAGCUGCUACAGAGCUGCUAAAUUGACUGCCAUCCUCAGUUUUGUAACCCUGCUGUCUGUAGCACUCUUGGUCUUGGUUCCAGCCUGUUUUUACUCCCAGUACCUCAUGGAACCAUCUCCUGAGCUACGCAGAAACCACCUCACUGGGAUUAUCAGCAAGAAACACAAAAUGGCCUUCAGACGUUUUCGUCAGCGCUAGCAGUUCCAUUGCUAGCUGUUUUUUUUUUUUUAGCAUAGCGGUAUAUUAACUGCAAAGCCACUAGAAUUCUGCAAUAUCUUCCCUCCACGCUCAAGGACUUUUCAUCUAUUACUGAUAUAAAGGACACGUUAAAGCAGAGUUCUUCUCUAGAUGCUGCCAAAGAUGAGUUUCCAAGUUUGCAGGCAACACUGCAGUGAGGUGAAACUCAUUUAGGUGCAAAGGUCUGACAGAAAUGUAAAUAGUAGAGUAAAUUCAGAGCCAUUAUUGACUUUAUUUUUGAACAAUGUCACCCUCACUUUCUGUGAACUUUACCACUGAAGCUACUGAUUGGCCCCCUAGAAAUAAACAUCCAUUUCUUGCAUAACCUUCAUUCGUGCUGACUACAACAUUUGCAGUUGAAAAGGUCUGAUACUUUGCUACCUCUUUAACAGAGAGAAUAUAUUUAAUAUACACAAUAAGCUGGAGGGAGCAUUUAGUUUUUCUCCUCCUGUGACACAGCGAGUGAUGCUAAGAUCUCUGCAGCUUUGCACUGAAUCUGUACGAGUUUCACUACAUGUUUAACGCUGGAGCUGCAGGUCCACACCGGACCGUGCGUUAGUGUUCAGCCUCCUGCUCUGUUUUAAAUGUGAAGUGGUGUCCUGUUUUAUGCUUUGUUCAUGUUGCAUGUGUCCCUACAGAAUGCCUUGCUGUAUCACACAAGGUGUCAGCUGUGAGCUUAGAGUUUUAAAGUGAUAGUUUAGGAGGUGUUAAUGCUACAGUUGUGGAUGUACAGUAGUAGGAUGGAUAGUUAGAAAGGUGACAGGAGCCUUCAUGAACUGGCUACAGACCCCUGAUCAUUUCUUUUAACCAUGAUAGAUGUUUACAGCUGUAUUCCCACACUCAUUACACCGAAUCAGAACUUGACUAAAUGGGCGUUAUGGACCCAUUCCUGCUGCUGAUGCUUGUAUGCUGUGGUGUAGUUCUAUUGAAGCGCAUUGCAUUCAUGAAGCAAAGCUAAAUUAGACAUUUUGUCUCAUAAUUAUAAUUCCAAAUUACAUGACAUAGUUUUGUCAUAAUUUUGAGGUUUCAAACUAACUGUCCUGUAAUUCUGAAACAAAGGCCUUGCCAUGAUCAGAUGAUGAUUGUUAUUCUAAUAAUCCUGAGGAUCAUUUCUCACGCUGUUCGGUGAUCUUGUAAUUUUGUCACGAUUACACCUCCUCCUCAUGGUGAUACACUGAGCUCAUACCUGCAGUUCAGUUUUAUUUUUGUAAGAGAUUCUCACGUUUAUGAGAACAUUUCUCGUAAUUGCAGAGUCUGUGUCUCAGAGACUGUAUAUAGAAGAUGGACGUCGCCUCGGGGUUAGAAAAGUGGAACCAACACAUAAGUGCCUUCUUUCUAACAGCCAGCAGGGGGCGACUCCUCUGCUUGCAAAAAGAAGGCUGAUUGUAUAGAAGCCUAUGAGAAAAUGACUCUACUUCUCACUUUGUCUGUUAUCUCCUUGAACAUUUUCCUCAUGCGCUUAUGGAUUCCAUUACUAAUUUCAAGAUUCUUUUGCUCCAGCCUGAUGUUCAUUAUGUCAGUUCUGAUCCCAUUUAGAGGAAACUAGAUAAUGAAGCAGGAUAUGUUUUAGGGCGGGCUACCUUGUGACUGACAGGUCACUGCAGCGUUGUUGUGUGUUCAGUCAGAUCCAGCCCUCCUCAUCCCAUUCAGUCUUGAACAUGGCAACAGACAAAUCCUAUGCCGGUGUCUUCAAAUUAGUUGAACAGAUGAUGUCACAGCUGCUCCGUCCAUCUUCUAUUUACAGUCUAUGGCAUGUCACAACUGCAAAAUAAUGAUGAGAAGCCAUAAUCAGAAAAUGUUUUUCUUUUAAGUUGAGAUAUGGAUGUCCGAGUUAUGAGAUGCUUCAGUAUAAUUUGAAGAAUCCAUACUUUGGUAAAUGCAAUGCAUGCUGGUAUAGUCUUCCAGGUAAUUCAGAUUUUUAGCAGGUCAUUUACCAAAAUAAGAGCCUUUUUGCAUUUGCUGUAAUGUCCUGCAACAUGCUGUACUUCACAUACUGAACCUAAAAUGUUACAGAAAGCCACUUUUGAGUUCUAUGACUUGUCUCAUGAAAAACAAAAAUCCUGGAAUGUCAUUCUGUGUGUUUCAGUCGAAGUGCUAUCUUUUUAAAUGUAUCAUUUCUGGCUAAGUAAAGUGCAUAUCUGCCUUGUAUACAGCAAUGCCUGUAUUGUUUCUUUGAUAAAUCCCAGUAUGCAUUCAUUCUGCAUCUGUACAGGUAGUGUGAUACUAUAUUGCUUUCUUUUAUAGGCCUUUGUUGUAUAUUUUACUUAAUUUAAACCUCAUGGUGCAAUGUGAGGUAACAUUAGCCAUAUUAUUUUUUCAGCUUUAAUUUCUGCCUUAAUUAACAGAAUAUUUCUUUGUUUAGAUUUAUCACAGUACUGCAUCUGUUAACAACAAAAUAUUUACAUGAGUCUAGAUUUUGACACUUAAAUGAAAGUUCUGAUGUCAAGAAACAAUUGCCAAUAAAACUGCGUGUUAAUUUAA